AUGGCCUGGAACACCAAUCUCCGCUGGCGGCUGCCUGUCACCUGUCUGCUCCUGCAGGUGGCCCUGGUGGUCCUCUUCGGCGUGUUCGUGCGCUACGACGCCGAUGCCGACGCCCACUGGAUCGACGAUAGGCUGUCCCAGAACAUCUCCAGCGACAUGGACAACGAAUUCUACUAUCGCUACCCGAGCUUCCAGGAUGUGCACGUGAUGAUCUUCGUGGGCUUCGGCUUCCUGAUGACCUUCCUGCAGCGCUAUGGCUUCAGCGCCGUGGGCUUCAACUUUCUGCUGGCAGCGUUCGGCAUCCAGUGGGCGCUGCUCAUGCAGGGCUGGUUCCACCACUACGACCAAGGCUACAUUUUCAUAGGCGUGGAGAACCUCAUCAAUGCUGACUUCUGUGUGGGCUCCGUCUGUGUGGCCUUUGGGGCAGUUCUGGGCAAAGUCAGCCCCAUCCAGCUGCUCAUCAUGACUCUCUUCCAAGUGACCCUCUUCUCGGUGAAUGAGUUCAUUCUCCUCAGCCUGCUGGAGGUGAAGGAUGCAGGAGGCUCCAUGACCAUCCACACGUUCGGCGCCUACUUUGGGCUCACAGUGACCUGGAUCCUCUACCGACCCAACCUACAUCAGAGCAAGGAGAGGCAGAGUUCUGUGUAUCACUCGGACCUCUUUGCCAUGAUUGGUACCCUCUUCCUGUGGAUGUACUGGCCCAGCUUCAACUCAGCUGUGUCCAACCAUGGAGACGCCCAGCACCGAGCUGCCAUCAACACCUACUGCUCCUUGGCCGCCUGUGUGCUCACCUCGGUGGCACUGUCCAGCGCCCUGCACAAGAAGGGCAAGCUGGACAUGGUGCACAUCCAGAACGCCACGCUCGCCGGAGGGGUGGCCGUGGGUACUGCCGCCGAGAUGAUGCUCAUGCCUUACGGCUCCCUCAUUGUCGGCUUCAUCUGUGGCAUCAUCUCCACCCUGGGUUUUGUGUACCUGACGCCAUUCCUGGAGUCCCGGCUGCGGAUCCAGGACACAUGUGGCAUUCACAACCUGCAUGGCAUUCCCGGCAUCAUAGGCGGCAUCGUGGGUGCUGUGACGGCAGCCUGUGCCAACAGUGCCGUGUACGGCAAGGAAGGGCUUGUCCAUGCCUUUGGUUUCAAGGGUAGCUGGACCUCAAGCACGCAGGGCAAGUUCCAGGCUGCCGGCAUCUUCAUUUCUCUGGCCAUGGCCCUGGUGGGCGGCAGCAUCGUGGGAAUGAUUUUGAAAUUACCGUUCUGGGGACAACCCUCUGACGAGAACUGCUUUGAGGAUGCAGUCUACUGGGAGGUGCCCGAGGACCAGAAGAACACUGCUUCCCGUCCUGAGGACCCCACCCUCAAUCCCUUAGAACCUUAAGCUCCCAGGGCAGGUGAGAAGCAGGCUCCACAGAAGGGGCUGGUGCUGACCGAGCUGGGAACACAAGCACAAGGCAAGCAGCACCCCAUUUGCUGGCCUGGCCCCAGGGCAUCUCCACCCCUUCCUUCCCCUUCAUCCCAGGGGCCUGCCUGAGAACGGAGAAGGAGGAGCCAUAGACAGAGUGGGUGUCCAAGCCAGGUUCUGGCUGCAGGAGGCCUGCGCCGGGGUCUUGGUGCCACAUCCUGGGAAAAGCAAGCAGGAGUGGGGCUGGGGGCUGAGAUGGACCCAAGCCCUCUAAGGAGACAACUUAGCUGCCAGCCACCAACUGCUGGGCUCUUCCCCUCCUUGCCUGCCCCUCAGCCUGCACCUUCCAUGCUCCCCGGCCCCCUAGACCUCUCUGUGCCAUGCAGAUGGCGCCCUCCGUGAAUAAAUGUUCUCGGUGCUCUUUGUAGACUGGGUGUGAAUACUCCAACAUGGGCCAGUGUGAGGGAGAAAAGGACCAGGAGACCUGGCCUCCUGCCCCAGUCCUGACCUCCCACUCCAAGCGGCCACCCACACUGCAAGGAAAAUCAUC